UUCCAGCCUUCCUCCCUCCCUCUUCCAGAAUCAGAUUCACGACAAACGCGCGGCCGCCUCUGCCUGACUGCCUCUGCGGCGGUGGCCGUUCGUCCCUCUCUGUUCGCCGCGUUGCUGCUUUGUUCAAAAGAUAUUUUAAUGUCGGCCACCCCAAGCUUAUUAGUCAAGCUCCGCCACUGAAUGGGAGCAUAUUGCAACGACGGCGUUUCGUUGCCUCUGCGUUACGACGUCGUUUCUUCUCGUGAGAAACACAUUCAUGACAACCUCCAUGGCAACAUCUUCAUCGAUUCUCUGAGUUUGAAGUUCAUUGACACAGAACAGUUUCAGAGGCUUCGUGAGUUGAAACAACUUGGUUUGACACACUUGGUUUACCCAGGCGCUGUUCAUUCCAGAUUUGAACAUUCUCUUGGAGUGUACUGGAUUGCUGGCCAAUCUGUUGAAAAGCUUAAUAGAUAUCAAGGAAGUGAGCUUGGUAUUGAUAAAUUUGAUAUUCAAACGGUGAAACUUGCUGGACUUAUGCAUGAUGUGGGACACGGGCCAUUCAGUCACUUGUUUGAACGCGAGUUUCUUCCCCAAGUUAUGAGCGGUUCUGAUUGGUCGCAUGAACAAAUGUCUGUCAAUAUGGUUGAUCAUAUAGUUGAGGAACACCGUAUUGAUAUUGAUCCUCAGAUGUUAAAAAGAGUCAAGGAGAUGAUAUUGGCGAGCUCCGAAUUUGCUCUUCCUAGGAGCUCAAGUGAGAAGAGUUUCCUGUAUGAUAUUGUUGCAAAUGGACGAAAUGGAAUCGAUGUUGACAAAUUUGACUAUAUUGCUCGUGACUGUCGAGCUUGUGGUGUUGGAUGCAACUUUGAAUUUCAGAGGUUAUUGGAGACCAUGCGGGUUUUAGAUGACGAGAUUUGUUAUCGUGCAAAGGAUUAUCUUACCAUCCACAAGUUGUUUGCAACUCGUGCUGAUCUGUAUAGAACAGUUUAUACACAUCCAAAAGUAAAGGCAAUAGAGCUUAUGGUGGUUGAUGCACUUGUGCAAGCAAAUGAUUAUUUGCAGAUUUCAUCUAGCAUUCAAGAUCCUGGUGAAUAUUGGAAGCUGGAUGAUUCUAUAAUUAAAACCAUUGAGAUUUCUCAUGCGUCCGAACUGAAGGAGGCUAGAGAGUUGAUCCUGCGCAUUCGAAGGCGGAACCUGUAUCAGUUCUGUAAUGAGUAUGCUGUUCCAAGGGAUAUAAUGGAUAAUUUUAAGAAAGUCACUCCAAAGGAUAUAGUUUGUUCACAGAAAAAUGGUGGGGUUAUGUUGAAAGAGGAGGAUGUAGCUGUUUGCAACACCAAAAUCGAUUUGACUCGCGGAAAGGAUAAUCCUCUUGAAAGCAGCAUCCACUUUUUCAAGGAUUAUGAAAGCUCCGAGAAAUUUACAAUACCCGACGAGCGCAUAAGUCACUUGUUACCUGCAUUCUGUCAAGAUAUGAUUGUAAGGGUGUACUCAAAAAAGCCGGAACUGGUGGAAAAAAUUUCAGAGGCUUUUGAAAAUUAUCAGCUAAAAACAUAUGGUAUCAAAGCACAGGUACAUUCGACACCAGAGAAGAAGAAACGUCGUUACAAUUCAUGUAUAUGAGAGUUGUUUCUUUUGGCUUUUUUUGUAGAAUUAUCAUCGCUACCACUAAGUGUUGUCAUAUAGUGGAUAUAGAGGCGUUGUAACUAUAUAGCAUAAUAGAAUAUGAACAAAUCACAAUUGUUCCUUGAUACACAAUUUAGUACAAAGUUUUGUCGUAUGGCAGUAGCAUAGCAGAAUUUGAACAAACUGCUAUUUUCCCCAAUCCGCACGAUUGACAACUCUACUACUACUUUUUUUGUAUGAUGCUUAGAAAAUAGAAGUAUUCAUGUUUUCCACAAUGGAAAUAUAGUUUUUGAGUCAAUAGCAGCUGUAUUCUUUGAAGGAUUGUGGUGUUAUUUCCACACCAAAAACAAAUGUUACAAUCUUUGGAAGCUGUGAUUGAGUUUUACCAUAUCAAAGAAUCUAUUACAUGUA